AGAGCGGGAGCGCUGCGGGAAUUCGCAUCCCGCGGCCGGAGAAGGGAGCCCGAGUGGAAACAGGUUGUUGGCAUCUGCCCGUGGGAGGAAGGGGCGGCUCUGCCCGGCCGCUAGCCGAGCCUGGGCUCCGGGAGAUGGAGCCGGAGCUGCUGCCUCGCCCGCCGGCCGUGUGCUGAAGGGGAUGGACAGCGAAUUGCAGCCGGGGAGCCCGGCCCCGGGGAGCUGAGGCUCUUCCCGAGGGGCUGAGGAGCUUCCCAGGGGGCUGAGGAGCUUCCCAGAGAGCUGAGACGCUUCCCGAGCUCCCCAAGUUCCAGCAGUGCCCAGCCCGGGGUGCCCACGGCGAGUCCCACCCGCCCCGCUCCCCGGGGUCAGGCAGGUGAUUGCCUUUCUUUCUGCUCCUCUGCUUUUUCUGCGUGAAUGCUGGACAGCGAGAAGUCUGCCUGAAAGCCUGGGAGAGCUUGGGAAAAGCCACGGUGGAGAGUUGUGGUGGUUUGGAUUUAUUUGGCACAAAGUACUCGCGCCUCUGCUCGAGGGAUUCGUAUGGCUUGAAGGGCCUGUGCAACACCUGUGUGGCAGGGUGGAGCUGGCAGCUGGCACUGGGGCCCCCAUGGAUCCCCUCAACCUCUCGUGGUACGACGGGGACAGGAACUGGAGCAGGGCCCUGAACGCCUCGGAGGCGGCGCACAGGCCGCACUACAACUACUACGCCAUGCUGCUGGCCCUCCUCAUCUUCAUCAUCGUCUUCGGCAACGUCCUGGUGUGCAUGGCAGUGUCCAGGGAGAGGGCCCUGCAGACCACCACCAACUACCUGAUCGUCAGCCUGGCCGUGGCCGACCUGCUGGUGGCCACGCUCUGCAUGCCCUGGGUGGUCUACAUGGAGGUGGUUGGGGAGUGGCGGUUCAGCCGCAUCCACUGCGAUAUCUUUGUCACCCUGGAUGUCAUGAUGUGCACUGCCAGCAUCCUCAACCUCUGUGCCAUCAGCAUCGACAGGUACACGGCCGUGGCCAUGCCCAUGCUCUACAACACCCGCUACAGCUCCAAGCGCAGGGUCACCGUCAUGAUCGCCGUGGUCUGGGUGCUCUCCUUUGCCAUCUCCUGCCCGCUCCUCUUCGGCCUCAACAACACAGAUGAGAAGGAGUGCAUCAUUGGCAACCCUGCCUUCGUGGUGUACUCCUCCAUCGUGUCCUUCUACGUGCCCUUCAUGGUGACGCUGCUGGUGUACGUGCAGAUCUACAUCGUGCUGCGGCGGCGCAGGAAGCGCGUCAGCACCAAGCGCAGCAGCCACGUGCUGGACUCGGACACGCAGGCCCCCCUGAAGGAGGCAGAGAGUCACAUAGAAGAGAUGGAAAUGGAGAUGGUGUCCAGUACCAGUCCCCCUGAGAAAACGGCCCUCAAACCCACAGCACCAAGUAACCACCAGUUGAUUGUGCCAGUUGCUUCUAAUCGGGGCAACAACUCUACCCUGCAGGCACCCCUGAGCAGCCCUGGGAAGGUGGAGAAGAAUGGCCAUGCCAAAGAAUCCCACCACACAGCCAAGGUCUUCGAGAUCCACUCCCUGCCCAACGGCAAGACGAGGAACUUGCUCAAGGCCGUCAUCAGGAGGAAAAUGUCCCAGCAGAAGGAGAAGAAAGCCACGCAGAUGCUGGCCAUCGUGCUCGGUGUUUUCAUCAUCUGCUGGCUCCCCUUCUUCAUCACUCACAUCCUGAACAUGCACUGCGACUGCAACAUCCCGCCGGCCAUGUACAGCGCCUUCACGUGGCUCGGCUACGUCAACAGCGCUGUCAACCCCAUUAUCUACACCACCUUCAACAUCGAGUUUCGCAAGGCUUUCAUGAAGAUCCUCCACUGCUAAAGCCACAAACAGCGCCCGCUUUUAUUUAGGAACGGAGGGGGAAGAGGGAGCGAUGCCAUCCGUGCCGGGGAGGGGGCUGGAGCUCUGGAGCUGGGCACCGCGCGGUGCCCGGGCACCUGGUGGGGCUGGAAUGAGGUGGGAGGGUGUCUCACCUCUCUGGGUGACCUCUGGACCGGCCCCCAGGGCGCUUUUCAGAGCCAGCCUCGCGCUGUGUUGGAAGUGGAGGUGCAGGAACCGAGGAGCUCUCGCUCGGUUCUCGCCCGUGGCCACCGCCCGGCCUGGAGGGCACUGUGGACACGGGGUGGCCACGGGGCAGCAGGACGUAGCGCUGGGUACAACUCUCACCAAAGACAAGGCCAUGCUUCCCCCUGGCAGCAGGAGCCAGCCAGGGCCUCUGCAAGCUCCGUGCAAUAGCUUUGCCUUCACCUCGAGCUGACUCACCCGGUGUUUAACUGCUGAAGCCUUCAGAAAUCCCACAAAAACCAACCCAAGAACUUUCAGAGGUCCCCAGACGGGUCGAGAAGGUUCUGCCACCCCCAGACCCUGCAGCAGUGGGAGCCUACGAGCCAUGGGUGGAAGGGAGAAGGGGACAUCAGUCUCACAUCAAACCAUCGGUGUAAAUAGGAAUGAAUAGGAUGGAUUGUGGAGCCCCAAGCC